AUGCUUUCAAAUAGACCCAAACAACGAAGAACUGAGUUCCAGAUGCCAUUUGAAAUGCCGAGUGCAGAGGAUUUGGUUAAAGAAAGGGCACAACUCUCACAAGAAUCUGAUAAAUGCCGUCUACUCAUAGAAAAUGAGGAGCUUCAAAAGCUUAGAAGACUGUGUAAUGAUUCCAAUACUACUGAAACUACACUGAAAAAAGCUCAGGCACCAUCAUUUAUUGUGGCCCCGCAGCCUCUCUUACAACGCCUUCUUGAAAACCCUUGUUUGCAAGGAUCUAAUAAUAAACUCCUAGAAGUAUAUUUAGAGUUAAUAACUACUAAGACUGAUGAUGUUAUAAUUGAAACUACAGAAGAAAUGUUAUUUGAUAUAGAAGAGUGCGUGUUGACAGAAUAUGAAACAUGGUCAAUGGAUGACAAGAAUACUGUGGAGUUGUUGUGCUGGCUUUUUGUUGUAGCUUUAUGGAAGAAUAAUGGACUACCUAAAGUCAUUUCUCUUUUCCUUUCUAUUCUCACUAUGCAACAGCAAAAUGUUAUAGAGGCUGUGAGCGACGCCCUAAUUUUUGCUGCGAAUGGGGAUAUGACUGUGUUGUUAGCAGCGUUGGAUCUCACAAAAGGCCCGCAACCUCAACACAAGCUUUUCACCAAGCACCUAUGCAAUGUCACCCUAAACUCCAUUGCUCCAAAACCAGAGACUGAACCAACUUCUAUAUGUAAAAGAGUAUUGCAAGCUUGGGGAGAACUCAAUAUUGAACAGCAAUUCUGGGCUAUAGAAGCCGUCGCUCGAGGAAUAGCAGCCACUCGUUACGAGGACAACUGGAGUAUAAGUGAAGAGACAGACCUGCAGAAACUGGUAAACGUCGCUAUGGCCCCGACGUCUCCCAAUCUUAAAUAUUCCGUUCUACAUGUUGCGAUGGUGGUAACUGCGUACAAAAUACAAAUCUUUUUCGACGUCUAUUUGACAUCCUGA